UUUCUUCCGGAAAUUACGGUAUUUAUUAAACAAUGUGAAUAGCAAGCAAAGUAGUUAUGCGACAAUGCAUGACAUCACCAGAAUAUAUUUAUGGCGCAAUCCAAGGAUGCACACACAUGUGGCAGAUGGAAAAUCGAAGUGUUUUGUGUUGCCUUUUGUAUGAAUAGCAAGCAAAGUAGUUAUGCAACAAUGCAUGACAUCACCAGAAUAUAUUUAUGGCACAAUCCAAGGAUGCACACACAUGUGGCAGAUGGUAAAAACUGUCAAGUUUCAAUGUCUGGCACCGAUGAACAAGUCUCCGAAGCAGAGCAAAUCCAGCAGGAAAAACUAACAAAUAUGGAGUUAUUAAAAAUAUUUAUGGAUGACUUCAGGAACUGGUACUUCCUUAUUGUUACAGCCCAGGAUUAUUGGCAUAAUAAAGUUUAUGUUUACUACUCACAUACAUUUUAUGGCUGCCAUGUUUCUGCAAUUGCUUGUAAUAUGGCAUCAGAAACACUUUCUUAUUCCAAGAACUUUUGCCAUGGAUUAAUCCACAACAUAAGAUUCAUGAUGAUGGUAAACAAUGCCUCAUUGAUUUCUGUUAGUGAAGGGCCAUAGCAUUGCAAUGUUUUGUGUAUGAGCAACUGUUAUUGGAUCAGUAAAAUGAAAUUUGUGGUUCACAAUAAAAUGUUUUGCAUGCUUUUUUCAGUUUCUCUGUUUUAUAUGCUCGCCAUCAGACUGUUUCGAACCCGAGUAAGAAAGAAUUCACCUGUGUCUCAGCAUAACCUGUGAAAUAUCCAGUAUUGUGAAAAAACCCUGCCUUUGUUUUUUCUGCAUACAGUCAGAUUUUUAUGUAUGUCCACAAUUUUUCAGGACUGCAUAUUUGCUUAUUUGGUUGUCAAAUUAGAUGUAGAGAAUACACUUCCUUCAUAAAACUAUUCCAGCCAGUAGUUAUAUUUUUGUAAAGAUUCAGUUACUUCUUCCAUUUAAUCGGCAUCAAUUCCUCUGCUUAACAGCAAAUAAAUGGCUGUGCUGUUAUAAACAGUAUUCUGAAACCAUUUAACUAGCUGUCAAAAAUGUUUUUUUCUUCAUUUGCAUCCUUUCUUGUUACACCUCCAAAUCCUUUAACUCGUGUGUAGUUUCAUUAAUUGGCCAUUUCUACAUUUUCAAAUAUAAGCUGAAAUGUAUUUUUGGUUGAUCUUUACAUUAUGGUAACUUGGCAUUUUUUUGGCUAAAAUUUGGCGACCAACUCUCCUACAGCAACCCU